CCAUCCCCAUCCCCAUCCUCAUCCCCAUCCCCAUCCUCAUCCUCAUCCACUUCCUCAUCCUCAUCCUCCUAAUCCUCAUCCCCAUCCCCAUCCUCAUCCUCAUCCACAUCCCCUUCCUCCCCAUCCUCAUCCCCACCCUCAUCCUCAUCCCCAUCGUCCUCAUCGUCCUCAUCAUCCUCAUCCUCAUCCUCCUCAUCCUCAUCCACUUCCUCAUCCUCAUUCACUUUCUCAUCCUCUUCAUCCCCAUCCUCCACAUCCCCAUCCUCCUCAUCCACAUCCCCAUCCCCAUCCUCAUCCUUAUCCACUUCCUCAUCCUCUUCAUCCCCAUCCUCCACAUCCCCAUCCUCCACAUCCCCAUCCUCCACAUCCACAUCCACAUCCCCAUCCCCAUCCUCAUCCUCAUCCACUUCCUCAUCCUCUUCAUCCCCAUCCUCCUCAUCCUCAUCCUUAUCCUUAUCCCCAUCGUCGUCAUCGUCAUCCUCCUCAUCCUCAUCCACUUCCUCAUCCUCAUCCCCAUCCUCCUCCUCCUCCUCCUCAUCCACUUCUUCAUCCUCAUCCUCCUAA